AUGUUGAAACAAAAAAGACCUAUGACAACUUCUAAUGUAACCCUCAAACUCCAAAUUCAUAUUUUAGGUUAACAGGAGAUUGAGACCUUCAGAUUCAAAUAGAUUUAACUAGACUUAAAACAACCUUCGACCACUAUUGGAAUAAUAGCAAGACCAUCUUAAUCUGACCUAGAGCACUAAAUUUUGCCAAAAAACUCACUAAUGCUAAGACAACUAUGUGAACUUGCUUCAACUAAUUAGAGCUUUAUUAAGAGUCAUUUUAAUGAGUUCGUUAAGAAAAACACAAGGUUGUCUAAAAAGGGGACACUCAAGUCAAGGGGCACUGGUGUUGGUGUAUAUUUCAUCAAUAAUCUACAGAGAGUCCAUUAAUUAAAAAAAGUGGAUCUACAAAUUGAUAGCUCAUUCAACAUCAAUAAGGCUAAACUAGGAAGCAAUUAGCCUUCUACAAAUAAACUCAAUUAAGAAGAUUAAAAAUAGUAUGUAAAUUAACAUCACUUGAAAGUACAUGUCCCUAUUGAAAACACGAAUCUAUCCUCAUUUAGUCGUGGGUCAAACACUUAAAAUGCAAUCAUGAGUCAAAGCUUUAUAUAGUCUCCUCAAGUAAUAACUUAAAAUUCAGCUAGGAAUAACAUUUAGUCAUCUUAGACAAACACGGAUAAAAAUGUUAAUGUUCUACUUUCCCCCUAAAGUAACAACACUACUGUGAUAUUUCAAGAGACUUAAUGGAAAAAUGCACCUUAAGUCAACCUCGAUCUUCCUUAAAGUGAGGAUAAUGAUACAAGCUUAAACGAUGACCUGUAGAUGCCAAAAGUAACAAAGUACGAGCCACCUAAAUCACUCAGAAAAAAGAUAUUCUCAGCGCAUCCAAAGAACAGAAGAUAAGAUGUAGUAAAUAACUACCACAGUAAUAGCAACAAUCAAUUCAAGCAAAUUAAGGUUAAAUCUAAGAAUACACUGUUGAAUUAAACCAUGGGAAACUAUGAUCCAUCUUCUACUGAGCUAGUUUAGUCUGAUAAGGAGGGCGUAAGCGAUAUGUAAUCAUAAAUGGAUGCAAUCAAUGAAAUUCAAAGCAACCUUUUGGAUCAUAACAUUUAUGUUUAAGGAGACGCUAUGUCCCCAAUUAAAGUGAAGAACUAUUAGUUUAAGAAUUUUGGACUAAACUAAACCUAAGUAUUUUAAACUCAAAUGCACAGAGACUAGAGCAAUAGUAGAGUAGUAAGCCCUUAAUCAAUAAAUCACCAAUCUGGCAAUGCUACUUGUAAAAGUGGGCUUAGCACAAAGAACUAGUCAAGGUAUAACAAGGCGAGAAGAUCUUUGAAAAGUGCUGGUAGAGCUAGAAUUAAGCAUGAUCUUAUUCACGACGAGAAACAAGUUUCAUUGAAGACAUAAAGAGCUAAUCUAAACAUAAAAAGCAAACUCGACAAUAAUCCAAAUGUUAGGUUUAGAUACUACUACAGAGACCACAUGAAUAAGCAAUCAAUCAGAGAAAACUCAGUCUCUUUGAUGAAAGAAGAUGACGAAAAGAGAAAAUUUAUGAUUGAGUUAAAGUAGAGGAUAGAUCAUCCAGGUUUAAAUCCUGAUAUGGAACUUAACUUGAAUUCUAAUUCAGAUUUGCUUUCAGAGCAAUUAUAUAAGAGCUAACUUGAAAAUUAGGUCAAGAGUUAGGUUUUAAAUUCAUUUUACAGAAAUAACGUCAGAUUUGACAUGAAGCAAGAUUCUGAGAUAGGUUAAUCACUUUUGCAAGGAAUCAAUAUGACAUCUCAAAAUGUAAGCGAUGAGAAGAGAAGCAUGGGGAUGCAAACUUAUAAUAAAAAACAUAGUGACCCUAUAGUUAUUAAGGAAGCAGAUACUAUUUAAGAGAGAAAUACUCUGGACAAGCAAAGCCUUUAAGUCUAUAAUGAGAAUAUAAACUCAACCAGAUUGCUAGGAAGUGGAAGUCUCAUUCAUAUUUCAUGCUCUACCAUUUAACAACCUAAUCUUUAAGAAUCUCAUCCAUAGUUAGACAUAAGAGUUUAUACCGGAAUAAGUGGCCCAAAUGACAUAAAGAAAAUGGGUUACAUCAAGAGUGUGUACCUUCAUGAAAAGGAUGCUGCUUCGAAGGGCCUGAUCAAUGAAUUUUCAUACUCUUAGCUUCCAUAGAACAGGCUUGCUAUGAUAAAAUAGCAAUAUUUAAACACCAAAACUAUGAGCAGUGAGAACGACCAAGAAACCACAACUCUUAGUGAGCAAGAUGUGAAACUCUAAUAAUAGCUACUGAAGAAAUUCUUGCCCUCAAAGUACAAGAACCUAAAUAAUUAGAAGAACAGGCUAAAUAAAGACUUCUUUUCCCCGGCAUCGACUUCUAUAAUAAACCAAAAUGUUUUCACACCUUAAGGUGCCUUGAAUCGAUCAUUUGGUUUUGAUGCCAAGAACUUAAAACCUAAUAAUUUUGAUAGUACAUAGAACACUAAUCAGAAUAAGAUGAGCUAUAGAAAUUUAAAGGAAAUCGACAGAUAUUUUGAUGAGCAAAGAUUGUAUGACAUUUGCUUCAAGGGAGGCCCUUCAACCUUUAAAAUGGAUCAUAUUCAAAUAAGCUAAAAGAUUAAUGAGCUCAUAAAAAAAGAGAGUGAAACUAUAGAAGUAAAAGAUAUCAAUGUAUAGACUUCACAGAAGACCUCUCCUCAUAAGAGGAAUAUAUAUAGAGAUAGGUCAAUGGAGGACAAUAUCAACAUAAGUGGUUUUGAUAUCAAAGUAAGUGAAUCGCCUCAUAGAAUGAAUGGAGUUAGCUUUAAGAAUGCUGAUUUCAGGCUCUAGGAUGAAAAUCAUUUGAGCUAUAGCAAAAAUACUUAAGUAAUUGGACAAAGAAAAGGUAACUUCAUGAGCAACUUUAGUAGAGCUAAAUAACAAGCAUAGAAAAAAAAUCUUUAACCAAAUUAGCCUAAGGCAAAGAUGCAAAACUUUAAUACAACCUUUUAAUAAUCUUAAAAUUAGCAUAGCAAUAUAGACCUAAUAAGAAGCUAAUAAAAGAAAUUCCUAAUUGAUGAGCCCAUAUUAAAUUCUAGUAAAAAUCGUAGCAAGAACUAAUCUUUCCUAAAAACCUAACCCUUGCACAAGGAUGUAAAAAUAAUAACUUAGAAUGUAGAGUAUAUGGGUAGAAUGCAAUAGCUAGCAGCUAUAUCAAUGAGUAGAGAAUAGAGCAGAACUCAUUUGAAAUCAGCCUCUAGUCUGAGUCAGCAAUAAUCUUGCACCCAACUUCGUAAAAAAUCAGUAACGGAGCUACUUUUCAGCAAUACUAAUCUGCAAAAAGCAACCAGUCCUAAGAAUGAUGUGAGCAAACUAGCCUUAAUUGAUAUUAACUCUCCCAAAAGUCCCUCAUAGGUGAAUUAAUAGAUUUUCGUUGAUGAAUUUAACCUAAAAGGAAUAAGAGCUCAGAUAAAUAAGACUCCAAAGUCUAUGGCAAAUCCACUAGGAAUUAUGGACGACUAAAAGAGCAAGGAUCAUAUGCUAAUUGGUCUUUAGCAAAAUCAGGAGGUUAUGGAUUAUAUUCAGAACAUCGGCAACUUAGAUUUCAAGAAUUCUUAGAUGCACUUCUCACACGAGUCUACUUAGAAUAACAAUCCUAAUAAAACCUAUAGAAGUGAAAUGAGUAAAUCAAUGAUGGGUACUGAAGAUGAUAGAAGAUUCCCCAAAUUUACUUAAGAUAUUGAUGAGCAUAAUGGGAGCAUAAUGAAUUUAAAUGCAAGGUUCGGUAAAAUAAACAUUAAUUGA